AUGCCGAUUCUAUGGCAGCCGAGCGAGGAUCAAGUGGAACAAGAUCUGAAGCAAUCUGGACCAAAGACAUACAAUCGAGCGGCUAUUUCGACUCAGGCCGCCACUACCACUGGUACCCUCAACAUUGUCCUGGAGAAUCAGACCAGCUCACGAAACGUGUACGCCUACAUCACCGGCCAAGCCAUUGACAAAAAUAAUGCUCUGUUCAUACUUCAGUCAGAUGCCAAGACGCCAUACUACCCACCCAGUCCACCGACCGUCGGCACCAAAAUCACCACGCCCAUCGCCAUCCAGCUUGGUGCUCCGGGGAGCACGGUGUCUGCAACCAUUCCUCGCCUGGCAGGUGGACGCAUCUGGUUUUCCCAAGAUGCGCCUCUCACAUUUAUGCUGAAUCCGGGCCCUGGCCUCGUGGAGCCUUCAGUGUUCAACCCUGCGGAUCCAAAUUACAACAUCAACUUCGGCUUCUGCGAGUUCACCUACAAUUCUGACCAGGUCUUCGUCAACAUCUCAUACGUGGAUUUCGUCAGCGGCGUGCCCAUUGCGCUUACACUCAACGACACAUCCGGUGGCAGCCAGCAUAUUGCCGGCAUGCGUCCAAACGGUCUUGCUCAGGUCUGCCAAGGUCUUCGCGACCAGACAGCGAAAGACGGUCGACGCUGGAGUUCUCUCAUCGUCCAAAGCGGAGGCAAAGACCUUCGAGCAUUGUCGCCCAAUUCCGGCAUCACGCUGAAUCCCGACUGGUUCGCAACCUACUGGACCGACUACGUCAAUCAAGUCUUCGCCCAGUACCAGAACCAGCCCCUCACCGUCAACACGCAAGCACAGUGGGGCGACGUCCAAGGCAAAGUCAACGCAAAUGGUUCUUUGGACUUUGGAGAUGGUAGUGUGUUUGCGAAGCCCAAUGCAAAAGAUAUCUUUGGCCAAGCUACCGGACCGUUCGCUACGGGAGGAAAUGCGAAAACCAAUGCCAUCAUUCCCAGGCUCUCGACGGGAUUCGCGAGAAGCACUUUACUCUUGAGCAAUCAGGCGCCAAAUGGAGUUCAGCCGAGUCAGUACUAUACAAACCCUACGACGAACCACUAUGCCCGCAUCGUCCACGCUGCCAAUGUCGAUACCCUGGGCUACGCUUUCCCAUACGACGAUGUGACGCCGGAUGGAGGCAAACCCCAAGAAGGUGCAAUUUACUCUUUCUCUCCCUCCAGACUUACAGUCACAUGUGGAGGAAAUGGGGCCUAG